GCCCCGAAGAAAAAUUUUUUUAGGUCGAACAGCUUCGACGAGUCGUCCGAAGAGCCAAAGUAUGCAGAUUUAAAGGAAGCAAACAAUACAAGCAUCGAUGGCGAUGUGCUCUGCAGUAAGAUUACGGACAUUCAGGAAUUUUAUUCAGAUGAACACGGAGGAAAAAGGCUUUGUAAACUUAUCAAAAGCGAAAUACGUGAGUUUGAAUGGGGAAUAAAGCCAUGCGUUUUUGAACUCCGAGCCAAAGACUCAAUUAGUGGACACACCAAACACGAAGGAGUCGAAGCUUCUCAUGGGCGUUUAAAGGAAACAGAGAAUAGUGUUGACGAGCUCGGAGCUGAAGGCAUUGGUGGAUACAACGGAAGAAAAGGAAUCGAAACCAGUUGUGACAAUGUAAAGGAACCGAAGCAUCCUGUACAUGGCUCUGGGUUUAUUCUUCAUGACCAUUUUGUUGUCACUAGCAAACAUGUGAUUAAACCUGAUUUAAACGACCAAGGAGAAAGAUACGACGUCUAUAUUUCCAAUGCCAUCAUUGGUAAGCUUCCAUGCAAGGUUUUACUUGUUGACGAGCGCCAGGAUUUGGCAAUUCUCCUUUGCCAACAACUUGAUUUAGAGAAAAAUGGAAUCCGUUCCUUGUGGCCGACGAACCAUUCAUUGUCACCAGUUCUGCCAAUUUUUUGUUUUGGUUAUCCCUUGAGUUAUAGAGGUGAGAGAGCACUUGCUGUUUUUGGCAAAGUUUGUUCACAAGAGACUUCAUCAGACUCCCCACUGGUCCCACUAGAAUGCCCUCUUGACUCAGGAAAUUAUGGCAGCCCAGUACUCUGUAGGAUCAGUGGUCAGUUAAAAGUAGUUGGUAUAAUAACACAGAAAAACAUUCAAGGGAUUCAAACACAGAACUGGAGAGACGACAUCAAAUGUGUACAGGAAUCAUUGCAGAUUAUUGCCAGUCGUCAACUACAAAGCUACCAAACAGCACCUUUGUGUACUUCUGACUCAGCUUCAAAGUAUUUGGAGGUUCAUAGGCUAUAUGACAUUCUGAAGGCAAAUAAUCCCUUUUGUGCAAUUCCAGGAAUUUGCAUAGUUGAUUUUAUCAAAACCUUUGCCAAAAAAUAUGAAGGCAAGUUCAAAGAAGAGUUAAGGGAGAUAAUCAAUUGCAUUGAUAUUCUUUCAUAG